AUUGAUGCUUUUUUUUGACGUCUGUACUUGACACUGACAGUUUUGUUUUGUCAAUAAAAAAUUCCAUUUCCAAAAUCCCAGCAGGCUCUUGUGAAUCUUAAUUUUUUCUAAUAAACCAACAAUAUGGCUACAGAAGUUGAAGAAACCAUCAAAAGGAUACAAGCACACAAAGGUGUUAUGGGUGUCGUCAUCGUAAAUCAUGAAGGAAUUCCUAUCAAAAGUUCAUUAGAUAAUGCUACAUCAGUGUUGUAUGCGGGUCUCAUUGGUCAACUUACAGAGAAAGCUAGGAAUGUAGUACGUGAAAUGGAUUCCACAAAUGAACUCUCAUUCUUGAGAGUGAGGAGCAGGAGACAUGAGAUAUUAAUAGCUCCAGACCGUGAAUUUAUACUUAUUGUCAUUCAGAACACUUCAGACUAGUCUUAUGCAAUAAUAUUAUUUAUUUAUAAGGAUAACAGCUACUUUUAAGUUAAGAUAUUAGUGCAUUUUUUUACCCCAGUUUAUUUAAAAACUAUAUUUAAGCCUGCAAUCACAUUUAGAUGUACAAUGUAAUAAAAACUAUUUGUAAGAUUUUUUUUCAAUGCAUGAUUAGAGAAACAAUGCAGCUAUCUGCCUGUUAAAAACAGUGGUGUAAAUUAACUGAGUGGCCACAAGGUCUGAAGUAGGUAAACAACAGUGGCAUUCACAACUCUUAGUGCUUAUUAAAUACAGAUUUUAUUACUAGGGCAUACCCUGAGCAACAACCUUAUGCACGCCACUGAUAAUCAAACAUUAAUAAAAGCCAUGUAUAUAGCUGCGGUGGCCACUGGUUGAGACAGUAUUAUUUGCAAGACCUAUUUUCAAAUUUACAUUAUUCUGACAAAGUAGCCUAAAGUUCUUGACAAUGUAGUAAUUAUAUUUUAUAACCAAAAUAAUUGUAAUUUGUUUAAGCUAUAUCAAUAAACACUGCACAAUC